AUGAGCUCCAGACGAUUUACAGCUGAAGAAGCUUUUUCGCAGCUUAUGAACUGGGAUAGUGAUGUAGAGGAAGAGGUUUCAGAGACAGAGGAUCCUUCAGAGCCAGAGGACAAUGCCAUUGAUGAUCCAGAUUUUCAAUUUUCCCAUGAUGAGGAGGAUUCAGAGGACGAGUCUGCAGGUGUCCCUUCUUCAGAUGAAAACCAAGAAAUGCAACAAUCGUCAUCCACAGAGGGGACAUGGACAUCUAAAGAUGGUAAAAUAAAAUGGUCAACAUCACCACACCAAAGCCAAGGUAGAUUGUCAUCUUGUAAUGUCAUCAAAAUGAUUCCUGGUCCUACAAGAUUUGCUGUCACAAGAGUUGAUGAUAUUGAAUCAGCAUUUCAGCUCUUCAUAUCCCCACCCAUAGAGAAGAUAAUCCUCAACAUGACCAACUUGGAGGGGAAGCGUGUCUUUCAAGAGAAAUGGAAGCCACUGGAUCCGACUGACUUGCAUGCUUACAUUGGAAUCCUGGUGUUAGCUGGCGUAUACAGGUCAAAGGGUGAAGCAACUGCAAGUUUAUGGAAUGAAGAGAAUGGAAGGCCAAUCUUCCGAGCAACAAUGUCUUUGGAGACAUUUCACAUGAUCUCUCGUGUGAUCCGAUUUGACAACCGUGACACCAGAGCUGAUCGACGUGAGAGAGACAAACUUGCAGCAAUCAGAGAUGUCUGGAAUAAAUGGGUCGAAAUCCUGCCUUUAUUGUAUAAUCCUGGCCCCCAUGUUACUGUCGAUGAGCGCCUCGUUCCAUUCAGAGGACGCUGUCCAUUCCGACAGUAUAUGCCAAACAAGCCUGCGAAAUAUGGCAUCAAAAUGUGGGCAGCCUGUGAUGCAAAAUCCAGUUAUGUUUGGAACCUGCAAGUAUAUACUGGAAAGCCACCUGGAGGAAGACCUGAGAAGAAUCAGGGAAUGCGUGUGGUUUUGGAGAUGACUGAAUGGCUGCAAGGUCAUAACAUUACAUGUGACAACUUCUUUACAUCCUACCGUCUUGGAGAUGAACUUCAGAAGAGAAAGCUGACUAUGUUGGGAACAGUCAGAAAAAAUAAGCCAGAACUUCCCAGUGAGAUUCUGAAGAUGCAAGGAAGACCUCUGCAUUCCUCAAAAUUUGCUUUCACAGAGAAAACAACACUUGUUUCUUACUGCCCAAAAAGAAACAAGAAUGUUCUUGUGAUGAGCACAAUGCACAAAGACGCAUCUCUGAGCACACGAGAGGACAUGAAACCGCAAAUGAUUCUGGAUUACAACUCCACAAAAGGGGGAGUUGACAAUCUUGACAAAGUCACAGCAACAUAUAGUUGUCAGCGCAAGACUGCCCGUUGGCCUUUGGUGGUUUUCUACAACAUUUUGGAUGUGUCUGCUUACAAUGCCUAUGUGCUGUGGAUUGAGAUCAACCAGCAGUGGAAUGCCAGCAAACUGUACCGACGUCGACUUUUCCUGGAAGAACUAGGCAAAGCACUCGUCACUCCAAAGAUCCAGAACCGGGUCAGGCCAGCUAGAUCCCCAGCAGCUGCUGCUGUCAUCGCAAAGGUCCAGGGCAGGGCAUCUGACCAACCCACAAUGGAUCCUUUGGAUACAG